GCCCUCCCCUGCAUGCAUUCAGCUGCUCCAGCUGUCGAUCUUCCCACUCACUCUCUCAGGGCCAUAGAGGCAGGAGCAGGACAGAUAGAGGGACCACUUCAGCUCUCAACACUCACACCACACCAGGGACCACAACCGCCAGGGGACUAGAACAGCACUACACGGACUCAAACCAGGGACCUGAAGAUAACAGGAAGAAGACGAAUUCACACAAAGGAAGAAGACUUGCCUAUACCGCUGAGCUGCUCUGAGCACCACAACAAGCCGGCAGCUUCUCUCGUCCUGACCUGAGGCACCGCUACCUGUGUGACCCGCCGGCUGUGCCAGGGUGUGUCUGUGUGUGUGUUUACGUGUGUGAUCCGGUCCUAUCUGCCAGUCAGUCCGUGAGCAUGCAGGGCGUGUGUGCGGCGAUCCUGUGUGUGUCUGUGUUCCUCCGCAGUGCUAUUUCACAGCCACCUACAGAAAGUGACACCUACACGGAAUGCACAGAUGGGUAUCAAUGGGAUCCUCAGACUCAGCACUGCAAAGACAUAAACGAGUGUGAGACCAUUCCUGAGGCCUGUAAGGGGGAGAUGAAGUGCUUCAACCACUACGGGGGCUACCUGUGCCUCCCCCGUUCUGCCUCAGUCAUCCCAGCCCCAGACCCCCCCAGCCAGCCUGGGACCAACCUGGAGAGCACCGCCAGAGAGCCCUUCAACCCCUGUCCUCUGGGCUAUGAGCCCCAGGGAGACAGCUGUGUGGAUGUGAAUGAGUGUGAGAAAGAUGAACACGACUGCCAGCCCAGCCAGCAGUGCAUCAACACGCCGGGAGCCUUUACCUGCCAGUGUCCUGAGGGUUACCGUAAGGUUGGCACCGAGUGCAUCGACAUUGACGAGUGCAGAUACAGGUACUGUCAGCAUCGCUGUGUCAACGUCCCCGGCUCCUUCUCCUGUCAGUGUGAACCAGGCUUCCAGCUGGCCGGCAACAACCGCUCCUGUAUUGAUGUGAAUGAGUGUGACAUGGGCGCCCCCUGUCAGCAGCGGUGUUAUAACACCUACGGUACCUUCCUCUGUCGCUGUGACCAGGGCUACGAGCUUGGGCCUGACGGCUUUGCCUGCAAUGACAUAGACGAGUGCAGCUACUCUAGUUACCUGUGUCAGUUCCAGUGUGUCAAUGAGCCCGGGAAGUUCUCCUGUCAGUGCCCAGAAGGCUACCAGCUGCUGGGCACUCGACUAUGCCAGGAUAUAAAUGAGUGUGAGACCGGAGAGCACCAAUGUACUGAAGGACAGACGUGUGUGAAUAUCCACGGUGCCAGUCAGUGUGUGGACACCAACCGUUGCCAGAGCCCUUACGUCCAAGUAUCUGACAAUCGCUGUGUUUGUCCUGUGACCAAGCCAGCCUGUCGAGACCUACCCUUCUCUAUCGUCCAGCGCUACAUGAGCAUCACGUCGGAGCGCUCCGUCCCGUCAGACAUCUUCCAGAUACAGGCCACCAGCGUCUACCCCGGAGCCUACAACACCUUCCGUAUCCGCUCUGGAGACCACGACGGAGACUUCUACAUCAGACAAAUCAACAACAUCAGCGCCAUGCUGGUUUUAGCCCGGGCCGUGACGGGGCCCCAGGAGUACACACUGGACCUGGAGAUGGUGUCAGUCAACCCCCUCCUGAGCUACCAGACCAGCUCGGCUCUGCGACUUUCAAUCUACGUAGGGCCUUAUGCCUUCUAGAGGGAGGACAGAGAGUCAGAGACAGAGAGGGGGAGAAACACAGUACAGAUACAAGAGAGGAGAAACAGGACACACAGAACAAUCUAGAAUUGAAAGGGGUCAUAAACAGAACAGUCAGAUUCUGUAACAUGAUGUCAGACGUUUGUUAGCUUCUCCUAUUUCAUGACCUGCAAAGGAAACACACAACUCAAAUCACAACCCUCUGGGAAAGCUGAGAUAGAGUGAGGUAAAGAGACAUUUCCAAAGAUGAAUACUUUAUCAAUAACGUGUGACUGAUAAACAUCAAUACUACGAAGUGAAUUUUCCCCCAGCCCACACACCGUCCAUUUUUGUUCCCUGCUUCUUAGCUGAAGUCUCCUGAAGUAUAUUUUUUCGACUGCUCCACGCUGCUCAUUUGUCAUGGUCCUUUGAGCCGAAUAGGGACAAUUACCCUAGUAACCUUUAGUACAAACCCCUGUCAUGUUUCAGAAACACCCUGCAAUUGAAGAUAAAGAACAACACAUUAUUUAAUCAUUCUCAUCCCGUCUCUGUCAUUCUCUUGCUUUGAGCAGGCCCAUUCUCACGCCUGUGUUUUCAUGCUACUCUCAUUCCUCAGCUUUUCAAUCCUUAUCGUCCAUGGACACGACUCAAUAACCACUCAGAUCCAACCUCCUCAUCCACCCUGUCGCUCCUGCAUCCCUCUCUCGCCUAAAUCAUAGCUAGUAUUAGUGCUGAAGCUCUCACUCACUCAUUCACUCACUCAUCAUUUGUAGUUUUGUCACAUUAAUGAUUUUGUUGUAAUCUUUGUCCAGGAAGCUGAUACAAAAUAAAACGAUAUACAUUUUAA